ACCCUGAGCCCCGCCCCCCCGCGCGGUGCAGCUCGGGACCGCCGCGUCCAUUAUGGUCGCCCUCGUCAGCGCCGCCAUGUUCGCGGAGCCGCUUUGUUGUCGCGGCGCGCGCCACUGCCGCCGCUGAGGAGACUGAGGCGAGGGCGCGAUCAGCAACGCGACGAGAAAGAGCAACAGUAGCUGUGGUUAGCGGUAACAGUGCUGGUGGUAGUUUUGAGGGUGGUGAGGGAGCGGUGGUGCGGGCGGGAUGAGGCGCCACGCGGUCCCAACGCAGCCUCCGCGCCUCUUAGCCAGCGCCUAGGGAUUAUUGUGAUCCGUCACAGUUGGUAUUUUACAUUUGUUUUUAUUAAUUGCGAGGCUGUGUGUAAAAUUGUGUAAACGGAGUUGGGUGUAAUUUUUAGUUGUCGUUUGUAAUUUUUGUUAUAUAUUUUUACUGGAUUAUAUAUUUAAAUUUGUUUUCGCGGGGAGGUAAUUGCGGGCUCCAUCUCCUCCCCGCCUCUGCUGGGGGAGGAGGAGGGGGGAGGAGCGGCCCCUUCUGGAAGUCGUAGCAUCGAAAAUAAACACGUGGCAGAGUCUUCUGCCUCUGGAAGAAGCGUCUACCACUUAUGGCAGAAGGAAACAAAACGACUGCUACAACAAUAACUCAUACAGAGGUAGAUAUUGGUUUGGUAGGCGGAUGUGCUGCCGCUUAGAGACCAGAGGAGAAUAAGUAACGUUUACCGCUUCAAGAAGAAGAGGCCGUGGCGUGCGGUGGUGCAGAAUUUGCUGCCGGAAUAAGGAUUUGAAGAGGGAGGAGUGUCUGCUUCUUCCGGAAGAGUGCUACUUCUGGAAGGAGAAGCGGGGGCGCUGUGGAAUACGAGCAGGCGAAGGAGGCGUGCGCAAUCCACCUCAUCUCCCCGCCUCCACCCAUCUCCCCCGCUAGCAUCUCCCCCGCUCUCACCUCCCUCCCUCGCCCAUCCCAAAGCCCCCCCCACCAUCCAUCCCGCCCGCGCCCGGCGCGGCCUGGCGGCGGUCGCCAUGAGCAAACUGGGGCUGUCGUUCCGCGCCAGGGCGCUCGACGCCUCCAAGCCGCUGCCGAUUUUCCGCGCGGAGGAUCUACCCGACCUGCAGGAGUAUGUGUCCAUCAACCGAACCGUGCCGCAGAUGCCUACGGGCAUGGAGAAAGAGGAGGAGACGGAACACCACUUGCAGCGCGCCAUCUCGGCGCAGCAGGUGUAUGGGGAGAAGCCUGAGCACAUGGUAAUCCCCGUGCCAGAGGCGCAGAGUAACGUGGCGUACUACGACGGCCUCUACAAGGGCGAUUUCAAGCGGCCCAAGACCUUCAUCCACCUACAGCCGCUGAGCCUGGAGGUCGAGCAUCCCGACUAUGACCUGGACUCGGAGGACGAGACAUUUGUAAACAAGCUGCGGCGGAAGGUGGACAUCAACCUGAUGCAGUUUGAGGAGAUGAUGGACCGACUCGAGAAGGGAUGCGGCCAGCAGCUCCUCACUCUCCCUGAGGCUCAGCUGCUGCUGCCCGGGGAGGACAGCCUCAUCCGGGAGGUGUUUGAGUACUGGCUGAAGAAGAGGAGGAAGAGCUCCGCCGACUCUCUCAUCCCGACCAUAAAACAGGAGCGGCGCGAUGGUGGAUCCUCCUCAAACAACCCCUACAUCGCCUUCCGCCGACGCACAGAGAAGAUGCAAACGAGAAAGAACCGUAAGAAUGACGAGGCAUCAUAUGAGAAGAUGCUAAAGCUGCGGCGAGACCUGAGCCGUGCCAUCACCAUCCUGGAGAUGAUCCGGCGACGCGAGCGCAAUAAGCGCGAGCUGCUCCAUCUUACCCUGGAUAUCGUUGACAAGAGGAACACGGCCGGCGAUUACGACGGCGCCAUUCUGGGCGAACUGCUGGCCCAGACGCCAGCAGCCAAACCCGUGUACACUGGGCCUGUGAUGCUCUACAACGGCAGCCAGUACCGGCACACUGAGCUCCUCAACAACCGGCUGCACGCUGAUCUGGUCGGGAAGAGGCCUCUUGCUGAUGGGCCGCGGCCCAAGCGGAAGUACGAGAAAAGGAAAUACAAGACGCUGAGCGUGGGUGGGGGGACAUCCGUCGGUCCCCGCGGCUCCCCGCGAGGUCUUGGGACAGCCCCUCCUUCCUGCCCUGUGCGGGAUGCAAACCAAUAUGACUUCCCCAGCUCAGAGGACGAGGCGCCACCCACGGUGAGCGCUUCGGCCUCGGAGGGGGAGGAGGAGGAGAUGGACCCUGACGCGGUGUUUGUGUUCCGCCGUGCAUCUGGGUGCAGCUACCUUGCACCACGACCCUUGCGAGGGAAGGACGCCGACUCGGCAGGGCGAUGGGACUUCGGUGGAGUCUUCGACGGCGAGGAAUUCCCGCCCGGCGCUCGACGGCGCACCGAUUCAAGCGUCGAUGUGGCCAUUGCUUCGCCGGCAGUGGGGGCUAUAGUGUCCGCAUCAGUAGAGGGCAGCAGGCUCCCGGUGUCACCGCCACGGCUCGCGGGGCCCGGCCAGCAGGCGCCAUACUACCUGGCCUCACUGCGCCAUCCUCAUCGCAUUGUGGGGCUGGCACGCAGGCGUGUGGGCCGGGGCGGAAGAAUGCUGCUCGACCGCUUACACACGCCGCUGGACAAGCUGCUGCAGCAGCUGGACCCUGACGACCUGCCAGGGUGUGGGAGCCCCCUAGGAGACGAUAACGGAGCCUCCUCUUCCCAUGCUACCUCUUCAUCAUCGCCCGCAAGAUGGGCCCCAGCGACCACCAGCCUCCAUCCCACUUCCUGCGAUCGCCUGACGCCGGAGGAUCUGAUGGCUGCGAUCCGUGCUUGCCGCUGGCGCCACUUCAGGCCUCGGUCCCUGGCCUCCCCGUGCGGCGGAGUUCCACCUGGGCCUCUGCCGGGGCCUCCACAGGGCGGCACGGUGCUGGCGGUUGCCUGCCCACGCACCUCGGCGCCUCGUUGCACAGGCUUCACUUUGGAGCACUACCACAACCACCUGGUGCAGCUGCAGCGGCAGCAGCAGGAAGCAAUGCAGACAUCAGGUCCGGUGCAGGGUAGCAGCGCACAGUCGUCGCGGACUCUGGACUCGGAGAGCGCACAGUUCGCCGUAUCGGCCGUGCUGGGGGGUGCGGAGUCUGUGCCCCCCCCGCCUCUGGCAGCGGUGGCACGAGCGGUUGUGGCUGCGGUGGGGGGGGUGCGUGGCCGCUCCCCCAAGGAGGUGGAGGCCGGCGUCGUCCUGCCCCCCCCCACGCAGGUCAACGGUAUCUUACAGCCUCGAGGAAUGUGCAAGCUCCCUGUCCCAUCUGGCACCGCCGUGGGUACCAUGAUCGAGCUGGUUGGCCAUCGGCUCUCUAGACCCCCCAUGCCGGCGUCCCUCUCCACCAGCGUCACCAGUGUCGCGACCAUCGUCACCACCGCUGCGCACGACCAGCCAGUGCUCUGCACUGCCGCGGUGCCUACGAGUGGCCUCACCAAGUCGCCGCACCUCAACGGCAUCCAGGCGGUGCCGGUGGUUCUUGCGCACGCGCCCGCCCGGCCGGGCAGCGCCCCUCUGCUGCUCAAUGCCCGGACUUUGGCGGAGUCGCAGACCGCGGCCAGCGGUAGGACUUUAACGCCCGGCACGGUGGUGACACUGCCCUCAACCCCGCCGCCUCCACCUCCUCAGCAGCAGCUGAAGCUGUCGUCGCACAGCCUGGGCGUGAGUGGGCCGGUACCUAAGGUGGCGGCCCCGCUGCCUGUAGACGGCCUGGCUUCCAGGUGAAGGAGCGCGGCUCGCCAGCCCCUCGUUUGGUGACCCCGUGAGCGUCUUGUCAUCAGCAAUAAGCAGUGCGUGCCGCGCCAUGCUAGGACAUGACAGCAUUUUUAUGGAUGGACUGUGAUGUAUGUGUUAAAAGAAAAAAAAUAUUUUCCAUUUUAUUAACUUAUUUCAAUAAAGAAAAUUGGCAUUUGUGCUCUAUGGUCUAAAACUCAAAACAAACUUUCGAGAGUUAAUUUAUUUCUGGCUCUGCCUCCUGCAGUAAGACUUGAGGAGUAGACUGCCACUUUUAAGGUGUCGGACAUCCCAGUGGCAACAGAAGGAAUGUGACAGAUGUUUGUGCGAGAUGGUUUUUGUCGAUGCCUGCAGGAGGAUCUACCACCUGCAACUACCCCAGUUUUGUUACAGGAGCUGCUAAGAGAUUAAAAUGAUAUGAAAAAAAAAAUUACAAAAAG